GCAAGGUGAACCGGGUAGUGCUUUUUUCAAAACGUCUACGUCUUCUGACUUGUUUUCGCAUCAUGAUACCUGAUAACAUCAGGCAAUGCUUCUGAUGAAUCAGGCAGGAGACAAGGGACACAGGAACAGUUAGGGAAGUAUUCGUCACUCCGUAAGAUAUUUCUGACCUUAUCAAAAGUAUUUGCCUCACGCUCGGGAUGCAAGUUCUAAGGGGGCUUUUCGACUAAUUUGUUCUCAGGUUUUAUAAUCUUUAAUUUCCACUGUACAGCUUCCUACAACUGAGAACUAUACAUGUUCUGGCAAAGAACUCAAUGUUUUCGGCGAGACUCUAAUGUAGCGACGAGCCGAUCAGAAGCGUUUGAGCAAUUUCAAGGUCACGAAGCCAAGUUCAACACGUGAUGCUAACAUACGGUCGGUUUACAGCGGAUUUUAGAGAGGAGGUGAUUAAUGAGAGGUUAAAACAGAUGGGACGGCGAAAAUAAUUUAGGGACGAGCCAAUGAGCAAUUUCAAUUAUUAGCCAAUCAGAAGACAGUAUAAAGUAAAAAUAUAUUACAAGAAAGUAAUGAAUUACAGUGGGUAUUCUUCUUUUACAUGAUUUAAAAACUUGUUAAGGUUUGAUAGAGGCUCAGAAGUUCUGAAUUCAUAAUGCAUAUUGUAUAGAAACUCGUCCAUAGGGUUAGGGUUUGGGGUUAAGAUUAGGUUUAGGGUUUGGUUAAGGUUAGGGUUAGGUUAGUGUUUAGGUUUAGGGUUAAGGUGCUAACACGCGAUCGGUUUACAUCGGAUUUUAGAGAAAAGGUGUUUCUUGACAGGCUACAACCCCAACCCUAACCAUAACCCUAACCUCUAAAAUCCGUUGUAAACUGAUCGCAUGUUAGCACCCUAACCUUAACCCUAAACCCUUACCCUAGGCUACAACCCUAACCACUAACCCUAUGGACGAGUUUCUAUACCAAAUGUGUUAUGAAUUCAGAACCUCCGAACCUUUAUCAAACCUUAACAAGUUUUUAAAUCAUGUAGAAGAAGAAUAUCCACUGUAAUUCAUUACUUUCUUGUAAUAUAUUUUUACUUUAUACUGUUUUCUGAUUGGCUAAUAAUUGUCAAGGUCGUCGCUAAAUUAGAGUCUCGCCGCAUUUUUGGGCAAUAGGUAGUUAUUCUGAUCGACGUGUCACGGUAAUCAAGCUAGAGUGUAGUUACCAAAACAAGUGAGGCCAACGAUAUCGAAGACUUACGGAACGGGGAUUGAUUCAUCGUUGCAGACACUCUAGAAAUUAGAUUAGGCCUUUGAGAUUGGGUUUUUUACAUCUGUAAGUGACAUUAAUCAAGAUGCUAUUACCGUUUAUAACCAAUGUAUGUAUAUUGACUAAGACACUAAACUAUGAUUCCCUAUUUAGCAGACUCCGAUCAUCAUUGCAGCUCAUGUGGACGUAAUUUAUACGACACCCGACGCUAACCCUAACUGUCUCAUCUCUGACUGCCGAGAAACAUUCAGCUCAAUGCUUUAAAACCGUUUUCGUCUGUCUGUAGAAGCCAUUUAAAAUUCCUACCACUCAUUUUUAAUGUAAUUGCCAGUUGAUAGGUACCUUCAGGCGUCUUUUAAUUCUUAUCCGAUGUGCCCUUCAUAGUGAUAAGUUUAUUUUAUCCGUAGUUGAAAACCUUUUCAAGUAACCGUGCCUUUAUUCGCUAAUGUACAUAUCUUCGGUGAAGUAGCUAUUGGUAGGUUUAAAAACAGCAAUUUGUUAUGAAAACUUUUGGCUUCUGUUAAUUCUUUUUUGUCGGCUCUCCACUUCUACUAAAAUUGGAUACUGCUUCUGGGUUGUAGUUGAGCUCUUGUUCAUUAUACUUUCUUAAUCAUUAUUCAAGAUUUUUGGCUAUGGGAACUACUAUCACACGUAACCUGUUUCUUCUAUCUUUCUAAGACAUUUUAAGCAUUAUAUUUUGAUUACAUUACCACUAAUCAUUAAUUUCCGCCUGGUCGUUUUCAGAAUUAAACGACUUUUAUUCUGAGUAAUAGCUCUUGGUGAUACUCGAUUCUCAGUGUACCGUUACUUUAAUAUAUUUCGCAGAAUUAACCGUCAAAAUAUCAGUGGAAACAAAUCUACUUGGCAUUUUAUCAUAUUGGCCAAAGCAGACUUCAGCAUAUUAGAUAUCAUUUAUCCACUUUCUAAUCUUUCAGACAACUGUGUUACUAUGAAAUAUCUACACGGUGCUUUUAUGAGUAGUUGUCAGUUCCCUCAAGUUUUUAUAAAUGUUAGGUUUAUCACAGUUUUUACUGCUUAACAUACUUCCUUUUGUUUUUAACAAUGCCAUAGCCAUCCGAAUUAGUUCAUGGUAAAUCAGUCAAUAUAGAAAAGCCUCGAUAUGAUCAGUCCACAUACAUUGGCAGAGCCAAACACUUUUUUAUUACAACUAAUCCUUUGAACGCAUUCAAAACAUCUACUGAAUUAGAAGAAGCAAGGACCAUCGUUCAUAAUUAUAGGAUAGGGAUUAUUCAACCCGGUUUAACUGUAGAAAAGCUUUGGCAAGCAAAAAAUGUGUACGACUCAGCGUUUCAUCCAGACACAGGAGAAAAAAUGAUACUCAUUGGACGCAUGUCAUUUCAAGUUCCUGGGAAUAUGUUUAUAACGGGUUGUUUGCUACAGUUUUACAAGUCUACACCGGCUGUCAUAUUUUGGCAAUGGUUUAACCAAACAUUCAAUGCCGUUGUAAAUUAUACUAAUCGUAGUGGUGACGCACCUAUUUCAUUAACACGUCUUGGGAUAUCAUAUGUUUUGGCUACUGGUGGAGCAUUAGGCACUGCAUUAACUAUCAAUAAACAAGUUCAAAAAUUCCCUCCUAUAAUUGGUCGAUUUGUACCAUUUAUUGCAGUCUCUGCAGCUAAUUGUAUUAAUAUUCCAUGUAUGAGAAGUGCAGAACUAACUGAAGGUACACCUAUAUUGGAUGAAAAUGGUGAGAAAUUGGGUAAAUCAACUGUUGUAGGACGUAGAGCUGUUAGUCAAGUGGUUUUAUCACGAAUAUUAAUGGCUUCCCCUGGAAUGACAAUUUUGCCUUUUGUGAUGCAAUCAUUGGAAAAACAAAAAUUGCUUAUUCGUUAUCCUUGGUUGGGAGCUCCAAUACAAAUUAGCUUAGUCGGUUUAGUGUAAGUUGAUUCACAGGUGUUGUAGUCGGCAUUUUUUUCAAAGGUGUUAACGUUUUCAAAUUAUCUUACUUUCUAUCUUCUAAUCAAUUAAUUUUGACAACUUUACUUCUGAGAAUUAAGGAUUGUGUAUUGUAGCAUUAAUUUGUGUAAACUGUUAGAUUUUGUCAACGUAACCAGCUUUUCGAUUGAAGAUAUUUUUUCCUGUCAUUUCAACCAUAGAAGUGUCAUGUUUUAAGUUUACCAACCUCUGACAUUCAAUAGUUACUUCUUAUAAUGUUAUAUUUGAACGCUGUUCAAUUUUACUCAGAGUUUUGGUUCUGAUGUCGGCAUCUUCAGGUGACUGCAAGCUGCAUACAAAAACAAGAUACUUCAACUGGUCUUCUGUCAUUGAUGAUAAUUUGAAACGCUCACACUCGCGGUUUACUAUACCAGCGUAUUGCACCCAGUCAUCGUCUACAGCUUAGCCAACUUCAGACAUUGGUAACGAAUAUUGAAUAAAAAUGACUGUUCACCAAAGAUUUGUGACAAAGUUACAACCGUUGCAUCAAAUAAAGUGUCUCUGGGAUUAUUGAAGUGAAUGAAGUUGGUGUAGCGUUCAUUUUCAGCUGUGCCAAGUUUGCGUAGCAGUACUCUGACCUUUGCGGUAUCAUCAAGUUUUUCUAGGUCGACCUUGAAUACAUAUUCGUAUUUCUUGAAGCACGAUUCAAGUGUAACUCCAGCCAAAUCAUCGAAAUGAAAUUCAUGGAUAGAAUUAAUGAUGUGGUUGACGUGGGAUUUGAACGGACCAUCUAGCUUCUAGAAUACGAAUCUGGAACUGUUCGAAACGUUUUUCUUGACGCUCCAGCAAGGCUUCGAAUUAGUCAAAGGUUAUCACUUGUAACACCUUUAUGCUGUGCUGUAUUCCCACAAAUCAGUUCAAUUCCAUUUCAUAAACUUGAACCUGAUGUUCAAGCACAUAUUAAAGAAAUUCGAUCUGAUCGGUUACCUUCAGUUGUUUAUUAUAAUAAAGGUUUAUAAUUUGUUUUAAAUAAACAAAAACAAAAUAAAUGAAUGUUCGAAUUAAAUUCCAUAUCUGUAAGAAGAAAAUUAAUUUUAUAUGAAUGUAUUCCAUUUAUUCACAAUUGCAUUUUAGUUAUCAUUCUAAUAUUAUUUUUGUAAAAUGAUUUGUUAGAUUUGAAAUAGUCUAUUUAGAUGCAAUGUAUUUAAUAUACUUUUCUGGUGUAGAACAAUUGAUUUCAUUCAUUUAAACAAUAUUUCUACUUCUCUAACUAUUUA